AUGGUUGAAGCACCCGAAAUUCACGAUCCCUCCAAGUUCAAGGACUUCUAUGUUCACCAUGAGACCUACAAAAUUGUUCAUGGGCAUCAAAUCGACCUGUCGAUUCUUAUCCCCAAGUUCUUGGUUGAAGAUGGCGAAUUGUCCGAACAGACACCAUUGAUCAUCGAAUUCCACGGUGGCUUUCUUGUCGGAGGAAAUCGUAUCUUUUCACCUUGGUUCUCAGACUGGCUUAUAGAGCUGGCUUUAUUCAGGCGUGCCAUCCUGGUGACCCCGGAUUAUCGCCUUCUCCCUGAAGCAAACGGCCAUGAUAUCCUCGCAGACCUGGCCAGCUUCUGGGAAUGGUUGCCCCAGAACUUGGAGGCUAAGCUCACGAGCUUUUAUCCUCUGAUCCAUAUACGCCCGGAUUUCGACCGCAUACUAUGUACAGGAAGCAGUGCUGGGGGGUGGAUGGUCUCACAGAGCAUGUUUCUUCAUCCGGAAAUCAAUAUCAAGGCGGUUAUCAUGUCGUACCCAAUGAUCAAUCUUCGAGAUAAAUUCUGGGCUGAGAAGUAUGAAAAGUCUAUAUUCGGAUUGCCGACUCUUCCAUAUGACAUUGUGGAAACCCAUUUGAAGGGUUUACCUCUGAACGCGGUAUGCACCACCGAUGGAGAUGUCGAGGAAAGGGUGGGACUAUCCAGAAUCCCAUUAGCGAUCAGUACUGUCCAAAACGGCAAAUACCUCGAUCUCUUCGGUCGAGAUACGGAGCUUUUUCCCUUUGAGAACUUACCACGUGCGGAACGAGUCCCCCCUUUUGUUUGGGUAUUCCACGGUCGACAGGAUUCUGCGGUGCCGUUCUCAGGAAGUGAGAAAUUCAUUGCGGAGAUCCAGAAGUAUAAGCCUGAUGUGCAUGUUAGAUUUGAUGGAGAGGACGGAGAGCAUGGAUUUGAUGGCGAUGGUAAUGUUACUAUUUCCAAUGGUUGGAUGAAGGAAGGUGUUAGUCAAUUAUUGUCAUAUUGGUGA